AUGUAUUACAGAAUAGCUAGGAUGGACAAGCUUGCAAAAGACAUUCUUGAGUGGGCACUAGAACUAACAGUCAAUGACAUCAUACCAUACUCAACAUGUAAUUUGUUAAAAGUAUCAAAGAAACGUGUAUUAUGUAAUAGAAAGAACAAUAUAUUCGUUUGUUUUGCUACACAAUCUCAUUCAUCUACUGAGCAAUUCCUAGUUAAUGAUGAAAGGAAUAUAUUGAAUGAUGAACAAUUCCUAGUGAAUAAUGAACAACAUAGAGUUUUUCAUAAACAUUCUAGAUCACAUUAUGAGUCGUAUUCUACACCAGUUGGUUUCAUAAUGUUCAGAUUCACAAAAACAGUAAUGUAUGUAUUCGAACUACAUGUUGCUCAAUCACACAGGUCACUUGGUAUCGGAUCAAUGUUACUGCUUCAAAGCAUACAAGAAUAUGCUGAUAAAAUAUCCAGAAUAAUUCUGUAUGUUCAUAAGAAAAACAUAAGAGCACAAGCAUUCUACUCAAGAAACGGAUUUAUAAUCAAUCGUACAUACAAAAAUCAAUUGUUCCAUGAAAUGGUGUUUAAUAAUCUACAGAAACAAUACAAGCAUCAACAAUCAUCCAACUGUAAUUCUACUACUCAAUAA